UCCAGCUCGAGGCCGACAGAUAGAGAACGACAACUCCCCCUCCCUCCCCUCCAACUGAAUGGAAUCGUCUAUCAUUUAGCUAUGGUGGUGAGGGAGGAGGACCGGAGGGGGAAGCCUAAGGGGCGGAGUUUCCAUGCCGCGUGCACUGCAGCGCGGGCCAGAAAAGGCGAGCGGGACUUGGGGGGUCUAGACCCAGGAACAAGCGCAAGUGUGGGUGGGGCUAAAGCCAAGAACCUCCGAAAGAGGAUAAAUGGGUCUAGGAGAGGGUGUGGCUAGGCGGAUGCGCUUGCGUAGUUGCCGAGCUAAAGUAGGCGGUGAAAUGAGAGAUAAGCCUAUGCGCCUGCGCCAAGGCACGGGAAGCAAGGGGAGCGAGUGAAGAGUUUGAAGGGUGGGGUGAGGUUGAUGCGCCUGCGCAGGGGUGGCCUGAGGCCGCCUGGCCCAUCCCUUUUUUCCGUCAGGGGCGCUCUCUAGAGCUAGGGGGAGACAAAAGGAAAGAGACGCGCAGGCGGGUGGCUCCCCCUCCCCUUCUCCCUCCUCCCCCUUCUUCCUAUUCCCUCCUCCCCUCUCCCUAUCCCCUCCCCCGCGGCUCCCCGCCCAUUGCGCGCGCGUCCCGCCUAUAACGCGCCCGCCCCGGCCGAAGGCGGGUGGGCAGACGGGGCGGCCCCGCGUAUAUGGCUUCCAGCUGCCCCCUUCGCAGCUGUGGCCCGGGCUUUUCGCCGCCGCUGCCGCCUCCAUGUACCCUUCGGGGCCCCCCGGCCCGGCUCCACACCCUCGCCGCCGGCGGCCCCUGGCACCUUCCCGGCCCGGGCCUCCGCUCCUGCCCCAGGCGGUGGGGGAGGAGGAGCCUCCGCCUCAGGCCUCUGGCCGGGGCCCGUUGCCCGCAGUGCCUGCAGCGCCCCCGGGGUCGGGAGGUAGCCCGGGGGCGCCAGGCUUGGCCGUGAAGAUGGCCUUCCGCAAGGCCUACUCAAUCAAAGACAAGCUCCAGGCCAUCGAACGUGUGAAGGGUGGGGAACGCCAGGCCAGCGUGUGCAGGGACUUUGGGGUGCCCGGGGGCACCCUGCGUGGCUGGCUCAAGGAUGAACCUAAGCUACGCUGGUUCCUGGACCAGCUAGGUGGAGAGGUGGGCACCCAACGGAAGAAGAUGCGGCUGGCCAACGAGGAGGAGAUCGAUCGGGCUGUCUAUACCUGGUUUCUCACCCUGCGCCAGCAUGGCAUCCCACUCUCUGGCCCCAUCAUUCAGGCCCAGGCAGAGGCCUUCGCCCGCCAGAUCUAUGGGCCUGAGUGCACUUUCAAGGCCAGCCAUGGCUGGUUCUGGAGGUGGCAGAAGCGCCAUGGCAUCUCCAGUCAACGAAUCUAUGGUGAAGCAGAGCCACCCCCUCCACCCCCUGCCUCAGCUCCAUCACUGCCCACUGUUAAGACUGAACCAGACCUCGUGGGCAUGGGAGACCAUCCCUCACCGAUGCAACCCCCAACCCCUACUGAUGGAGGCUAUGGAGAUGAACAGAUCUACAAUGCCAAUGUCACUGGACUCUACUGGAAGUUGUUGCCAGAACAGGCAGCCCCACCUGGGGAAGGAGACCCUGGAAGUGGAGGGCGGAGGUGGCGAGGGGACAGGGUUACAGUGCUACUAGCAGCCAACUUGACUGGCAGCCACAAGCUGAAGCCUUUAGUGAUUGGGCAGCUGCCUGACCCACCCAGCUUGCGUCACCACAAUCAAGACAAGUUUCCUGCCUCCUACCGCUAUAGCCCUGAUGCUUGGCUUAGUGCCACGCUGCUCCGUGGCUGGUUCUUUGAGGAGUUUGUUCCAGGUGUCAGGCGUUAUCUUCGUCGCAGCUGCCUGCAGCAGAAGGCUGUCUUGUUGGUGAAUCACCACCCUGGGCCCAGGCCACAGGGCCCACGGCCACCCUCCCCAGAAGAGAGUGAGGAAGCUGGUGAACAGCCAAGGGCAGCUGGUGGUCUGGGCCCAGGGCCAGCCCUUUGCCAUCCUGAGGAGUUGCAGACCCCUGAUGGUGCAGUUCGGGUGCUUUUUCUGUCCAAGAGUAGCGCCCGGGGUAAGAUUCCAGCACCUUUGGAGCAAGGGGUGGUAUCUGCCUUCAAACAGCUGUACAAACGGGAGCUGCUAAGGCUGGCUGUGUCAUGUGCAGGUGGCUCACCUCUGGACUUUGUUCGAAGCUUCAUGCUGAAGGACAUGCUCUAUUUAGCUGGUCUGUCUUGGGAUCUGGUCCAGGCAGGCAGCAUUGAGCGAUGCUGGUUGCUGGGUCUCAGAGCUGCCUUUGAGCCCCGUCCUGAUGAUGAAGAACAGUUGGUCCAGCCCCACCCAGGAGCCUCUGGGGAGGAUGAGGAGGCAGAGGAACACAGCAAGGUCCUCAGUGAUCUAACACACUUGGCUGCCCUCACUUACAAGCGCCUAGCACCUGAGGAUGUGGCAGAGUGGCUGCACCUGGACGAUGGGGCCCCAGGCUUGGGGGAGCCCCCAGAGGGUGGGGGGGAAGAGGAUGAGGAUGGGGGAGGUAGGGAGUAUCCCCCUUGUGGGGGCUUCCCACCACUGGCUGGUCCACCCCAGGGGGAGGAGGAUUCUGGAACAGGAGGAUCAUCACCAGUGCCCACAGCUGGGGAGGCCAUUAAGGGUCUUGAGACAGCUUUGCGGUGGCUGGAGAGUCGUGAUCCCAGGGAGGUGGGACCUUUGAAACUAGUGCAGCUUCGAUCCUUAAUCAGCAUGGCUCAGCGGCUUGGGGAAACAGGGCCCUAAUUCUGUAUCUCCUGAUGGCCACUAAAAGGGCAAGACUUAGAGAGUAAAGAGCCUAGGACCCAACUGACCCCCUUUUUUACUUUUGUACCUUUAUAGGGGUAAGUUAAUUGGCUCCUAUCCUUUCCCCUCUCCAAAAUUGUGGAUGCCCCUGCAACAACUUGGAGGCCAAGAGCCUCAGAGAUGGCACUGGGGGAAUGAUACCCUACUCUCAAAGUCACCAAAGGGGACUGGACUGGUGACAUUAGGGCCACCACCAAUAAUGGGCUGAAACACUACUCUUAAGUCAUCAGCAAAGAAGCAGAGGGUAGGAAUGUCAGGGAGAAGGCAACUUCAGAGGACAGUUGCUUAGGAUGGGGUAGCAAAGAGCCAUCUUAGCCAGUACCCCCCUUAUACCCACACGUGUCUAUACUUGGGAGCCCAAGAGGCUCUAUCAGGGAGCAGCUUUCACUGUGUUCAAAACCUUAACCUUUUCUGAGGCUCCCUGAGCCUAGAGCUAUUGGAAGUCCUCUUUGAGGGUGUCUUUUUUAAUGCCCCACGUGUGAUAUAUCCAGCCCCUCACACAGAAGGCCUUUCACCCAUGUCCCCUCUUCACCUUCCAGCACUCUUCUAAGUGGGUUCCCACUAUAUCCUUACCUUCCUCUCCUUUUUCCCUCUCUGUCUUCCCAGUCACAUGCACUGGAUAAGGGCCUGCCUGUUCCUCCUCUUGAUGGAUGGAAUCUGUGAGCCCUGGUGCUGGGGUUAGCUAGGGCUUGCUGUAGCUUUUUAAUCUUCAAAAUGGGGAGGGAGGGAACUGACCACUUUUUUAUAUAUACAUAUAUACAUAUUAAAAACAACACAAACCUAGAGCCAGUUUUAUAAGCCAGACCAUGGAGGGGGCACCAGGGCCAGGAGCUGGUAAGGACCUGGCUCUAGACUGGUCAGGGGAGUAGGAAGGAUGCCCUUUAAGGGAGAUACUAUGAAUCUGCCAUCCUCAGGCAGACUUGGAAGGUGCCAGCCCUGAGGUGUUAGCUAAGCUGCCCUGGGGGUUGAGCCAAGAAUGAUCAUUCACAUGAACAAGUCAAGAAUGUCUGAGAUCACUCAUGAAUUUGAAAAAGGGUUCUUAGUCUGGCUUUGAUGGGGAGAAUUCUGUAGCACCUAGGCUGUCCUAGGGAAUGACCCCAGGAUCCCUAGUUUCUGUAACCAACUUGGGUUGUAGAUUUGUUCAACUUUUCUCGGUCUCUGGUUUUUGUGAAAGGGAUUUUAUGUGUGGUUUGGGGGUUUGGGUUUUUUUUUUUUUUUGGUUUUUAAAGAAAAAUUAACACUUUCAACAGUUUUAUUAUAGAUUAUUGGAGUGUCUGAAUUUGGGCCCCCCAUGGGUCUCCUUCCAGAUAACUUGAAAAUAACCUCUUUUUAGUCCUGCAUGUUUGUGGCAGUCAACAAUGGCACACCUUCCUGAGUGUGUGCAAACUUUGUGCCAACCAUUGGCUUUUGGAAAUCAUCCACCAAUUUCUCUGUGAUCGAAACUACAACAUCCUUCUAGGAUCAAUCACUGAAUUUUUAUAGUGUCAGUGUCUGGAGGUGAGAAUGGGUCCAUUGGAAAAAAUCACUUGCAUUAUCAACGUCUUUCACCCAGCUUCCUGGUGGGGAAAGAUCCUUUGGUAAGACUUUCUCUUUGUGGGUGGACCUAUCAAGGUAGUGAGUCUAUUUUCAAAGUUGGGACAUGAUCAGACCCAAAAGGACACAAAAUUAACAAGGGCCUGGGGUUCAGGUAGGAUUUGGUGUGAGUUUUGGGGAAUCUUGGCAGCUUUUGUUUAUCUCCUGAGCAAAUAUUCUAGAAAGAACUGUCUGGAAAGGGGGAGGAAAAUGUCCUUAGUGCCUCUUAUGUUUGUGACAUUCACACUGUCUGCACCAUAGUCCUGAGGCCUAACCUGAACUGCUGUUCAGAGUUCAUUAUAACUUAGUUCGAGCCCAGUGUGGGGAUAGGAUUUAAAGAGGAUUUGAAAGAACUCUGUCUAGUACUCACAACUAUGUGGCCAAUGUCUUUGUAGAUCAUUUUAGGCACUUAGUAUAUAGUAACUCCACCCAACUGGGGUUAAUGACUCUCCAGCCAUCCUCUGUCCCUACUUCCUAUUCUCCACCUCCAAACCCCAACCUUCAUUUGCUCAAUGUGGAACUUUGAAAAUAAGGAGUCAGUGUGAAGAAGAUUCUAUUGGAAACAUGACCUUUUGGGAGGAAAUUGAAAAAUGCUUCACAGAUUACUCUAUAUUAAUCACAUCAGUUUUUGUGUAAUUCUUAAAAAGCUAUUUUUCUUUGAGACCCAAGAGUCUGAAUCCUCCCUUUUGACUGUUGAAGAGAUCAGCAGGGUAAUAUCGAACACAGGGAAAUAACUUUGCAGGAAAAAGGGUAUUUUGAGUGAAGACAUUGUCAGUUUGGGGCUUAAUAUAUCUAGUCUGCAUUCAACAAAAAUAUAUUAAGCACCUACUGUGUGCAGUCUUUUUUUUGUGCUAGGGAAAAUACAAAUACCCUGUCCUCUUGGAGCUUACAGUCUAGUACAGAGAUAAGACACAAGUACAAUUAUAAAGUGAUGAGUAAUUUGAAAGGUACAAAGUGCAUUGUGAAGUCUUAAGUAGUAAGAGAACCUUACCAACCAGGCGGUUCAUUAGUUUUCCUGAAGGAACUUGACAUUUGGAUGUACUUCAGCCAUAACUAGCAUUCAUGUAGCACUUCACAAGGUUUGCAUUAAGAUAUCCCAUUUGGUCCUCAGAGGAACCACCCUGAGAAGUUGGUGCUUUUAUUAUCCACAUUUUACAGACAAGGAAACAGGGUAGAGUGACUUGCCCAGGAUCACAUAGUUGAUAAGUGUCUGAAGCAGGAUUUGAUCUUGGGCCUUCCCUACUGGGUCUUUAAAGGAUGAAUAGGAAUGUAAACAAAGGGACUAGAGGAAGGAAGCUCUAAGCACUAGAGUAGAAGAGCACAGCAGCAGGAAAACAGUUGAUAGAAUUGUGUCAUUAGGAUGAAAUGUAGAGGGGAGAAAUAGGGGAGGCUUGUAAGAUUAAACUGGUGACAGAUUGUUUAGCCUCAGAUGCCAGGGAAAGAAAUUUGAACUUUGGUUUACAGUUGGAAACUACUAAAAAUCAGAGGAGUGAUAGAACCUACCCUGUGCAAAGGAGAGGUUCUUCUAGCAAUAGGAUGAAGAAUGAAUAAGAGGGGAGAGAGAGGGAAGGUUAAAGUAGCAGUUAGGUUAUCCUAAUGGGCCACUCAGGUAGAAUGUCUGCAGGGUAGUGGUAGUGAAAACAAGAGAGGCCAAGAUGUAUAACAUUGGAGAGCAUUAUGGAACUAAGCAUGAGAAGUGAGGGAUGGGGAAAGAACAAAUAUAGCACCAAGGUAUUAAACAUGGCAGACUAUUUCAUUAUUCCAUUUGAGGAGCUGAUUAAGAAUCUGUCCAGUAUUGCAGACAAACUGUGGGAGUAUUCCUAGUACUCCAAGCAGCCAUGGAUAUUAUUUUGGUUUGGAACUGGAAGGAAACAUUGAGUCCAAAAUCUUUACAGUUGAGAAAACCAAAUCCCACAGAGGUUGCCUAAAGGCACACAGAUAAUAAACAGAAAAGCUGGAAGUGAAACCUAAAGUCUUCCCACCCAAAUCCAGCCCUCCUUCCACUCAGAACCUGACUCAGCUGAGAAGCACUGGCAGUCUGUAUGAGGAAUAGUAGGAUUUGUUAUGAAGAGGUUAUGGGAUAUGAUGGGACAUAACUUUGUGAUCUAACUACAAAACCUGACCAAAGGCAUAAGCUCAGUGCUUAGCAGGAGCUAACUUCCCUGGGUUGGAAAUUCUGGGUCGAACUUUUGAUUGAUUUGUCUUUUUGCUAUGUGAAGACCUUGGAAGUGUAGGGAUCAUUCAUGAUGAGCUUUUCAUUAUCUCUGUAGUGUUUGCACAUUCAAAUCCCCCAACCAGUAAAUGAACAAAGAUUGCUAACACUUUGAUCAAUGUGCUAAUCUGGCCACAGGUUUAGUGAUAACCUGUCAGUGGAGGUAUUCACCAAACCCUCCUGGUUUCCUUGGUUCUUUACCUAAUCAGGCCUGGGCUUUGAGUAGUAUUCACUAUUCAACAAACUUUUACCAAGUGUAAGCAGGGGCAACUUGGUCAAAUGGAAAGUAUGUUGGGAUUAGAGUAAGAAGCCAAUUCUGAAUCUGAGUUCUUCUAUUUGUGUUACCUCUUAGGAGCUAUACAAUGAUGGAAUUGGACUAGAUAAGCUUUAAGGCCCCUCCUAUGAUAGGAUGAUAGAUCCAGGCCUGGAGUCAGGAAGACCUGAGUUCAAAUCCAUCCUCAGACACAAGCUGUGAUCCUGGGCAAGUCACCAGCUUUGGGAAAAAUCUAAAAUUGAGUGUUAGAGGACUUGAGUUUAAAUACUGGCUUGGCUUCUCACUACUUGUAUAACCUCUAGUGAGUCCUCUCCUCCUUUGAGGCUACAUUUUCCCUCUCCAAAAAAACAUGGUUAGACCAGAUCCUUCCAACCCUUGUUCCUUUGAGGUUAAGACUUGUUAUGUCUAGCCUCAUAUAUUGCUAAAAAUAAUGAACACAGUCUCCAUAUCAAUGCUCUGUGGAAAAAGCAUCUUUGUAGACCAACAGAGGCAGAAUUCAGAGAUGCUAUGUUUUGCAGAAUAGAAGUGAUAAGUGGCAGAAUUGGAAGAUACUUCAGAGAAUUAGCCUGGCAUUUUUAUAGGAAGUUAAAGAAACUAAAGCUGACCCUCAGCAGACCUGGAAUUGGGUUCAGUUCUCCUUACUACUGAUUAGGUGAUCUUUCUACCUUCUAGAAGUACUUAUUAUAUUCAAGGACUGCUCUAAAGUACUAGGCAGAGGGUGGAAGAAAAAUUAGGAAGGAGGAUUGGGGUGGAAUACGAAUUUGAGACAAAAAGGCACUGAUAGCUAAGGAUAUCAGGAAGGCCACUUGGGCUAAACUUCAAAGGAAGCUAAGGGGCAAAGGGGAGAAGAAAACACAUUCCAGACAUUUCUGAAGUUGUGCAAUUGGAAAGAAGGCUGUAUUCUCAGGACUACCCAGCAAUUUGGUGGUGGAGUCAGGACUAGCCAGCUUUGGUUGGUCUUCUGACUCCCAGAACCCUUUGAUGUUUCCAUAUCCCCUAUAUUUCCAAAAUGUUCUUGUGGAGAGGAGAAGCAUCAAAGCAUAAACUAUUCCUAUUGUACCUGUUUCCUGUAACUACCUAGCCUUACUACAAUUUCAACCAGAAGCAUUCUUAAACAUUUCCUCUCAAUGAGAGUUUAGCCUAACAAACCUGUGGAGCAUAAGACUUGCAUGUACCCAAUUCUGCCUUCCCUUAGGGAGCAUCCUAGCCAGAGGAAAUGGGCACAACACUCUCCUGGAGAGCUUACAUGGUAACCUGAAGUCCCUUCUGUUUUGUUUUGGUUUUGUUCAGGUUAAAACAGCCUGUUUCAGAGACCUGCCAAGAGAAGGCAACUCUGAGAGUUAGACUAGAUGAUGGUGCUUUUACUUCCAAACCCUAUGGCAUAGGACUGGUAGGAGGAGAACAUUACAAGGUGGCAGAUUUCAGCUCUAUGGGGAAAAACUUUAGAAUGAGAAGCAACAAAGGAAUAUGGUCUUUAGGUAGUGAAUUUCUUACCACUGGAGAUGUUGAUACAGACACUGGAUUGAUAGUAGCCAAAGAUGAUGUGGAAGAGUUUAACUGACAAGAAGAUAGUUCUAGUCCUACGCUUUUCCAAUUCUAUGAGCCAAGCACUGUGACCAUCUUUCUCUAAGAAGGGGGCUCCUAGCAGAAGAGUAUGCUAGGUAGCAAGAAUUCUACUAUACUUGGAAUGGAGUUUGAAACCCAACUCAGCUAUUUGCCAAAACUUAAGAGGCAACUCAUGUCAUCUCUUGGAUCCUUGGUUUUUCCUUCCAUAAAUCAACAAAAAUUAUCUGUCUUAUGGCUCUAAAACCCUUACAACCUAUGGACUGGUUCCCUAAUUUCCAAGAGCUCAGGGUGAAACAAAAUCCUUUGCAUCAAUCCUCAACUUGAAUUGUUGCCAAAACUUAAGAGGCAACUCAUGUCAUCUCUUGGAUCCUUGGUUUUUCCUUCCAUAAAUCAACAAAAAUUAUCUGUCUUAUGGCUCUAAAACCCUUACAACCUAUGGACUGGUUCCCUAAUUUCCAACAGCUCAGGGUGAAACAAAAUCCUUUGCAUCAAUCCUCAACUUGAAUUGCUACAUUAAUAAAAAUAUCUGACACUUGUAUUAGCAUUCUUUACAAA